AUGGGUGGCAAAGCAGGUGAGGUGGGUGCCACGGGUGGCAGAGCAGAUGAGGUGGGCACCACGGGUGACGGAGUAGGUGAGGAGAGCGUGGGGGUGCAAGAAGUGCCACGAGUGGCAAAAAAAUUGAGGCAAGGGGCACAGACAGUGGGUGGCAGGGCACAGACAGUGCGUGGAAAGGCACUGGGCACGAUGCAUGGCACCAAAGGCAGCGCACAAGUCGCGGGCACCAUGGGUGACAGAGGAGGAGAGACAAGCUUCGGGCUAGGCGCCAUGGGCUCGAGCUAUGGCAGAGUAGGGGAGGCGAAUUCUAGGGUGUUGGACACCAUAGGCACGGACUGCGGUAGAGCAAGAGAUUCUGGUGCUAGGGGCAUGGGUGUUGUGGUCGUCGGAGCGGGGGCGCAAUAG